AAAGGGGAUUUAUCAGAAUCACAGGGUCCCUGUAGAUCCAGUCUCCUGACUCUUCAGCUCUACCAGUCCUGCUGUGUCCCUAGCACCACCACUUACUAUGAAGAAAGUUCUUAUCCUGUUGCUGAUCUCCCUGGCUGUAGCCUGUGCCGUCCCCAACCCUCGGGGCCUGAUCACCAACCUGGAAAAUGGGGAGCUGUGCUUGAAUAGUGCCCAGUGUAAGAGCAGCUGCUGUCACCGAGAUGCUGGCCUGAGUUUGGCCCGCUGUGCUAAUAAAGCCCCUGAGAACAGUGAAUGUUCUCCCAAAUCACUCUAUGGAGUUUACUACAAGUGUCCCUGUGAGAGGGGAUUGACCUGUGAUGGGGACAACAGCAUCUGGGGUUCCAUCACCAACACCAACUUUGGUGUCUGCCUCGAUUUGUGACGUUCAAAGGAGUGAAGUCUUUCCCCACUUACCCUACCUUUCCCCACCAGCCCAAUUAAAGCUCAU